GCUCAUUGUACAUUUUCCUGUCGGAUUUCAAAUAUCUAGCGGGUAAACCAUAACAAAAAUUGAUAUAAACAAUGGAUGAAAACUUGAUGGAGUUUUCCCUAAAUGAGAACGGUGAGAAUUCUUGUCUGGAGGACCUGAGGCCCCCCAUGUUGAUGCAGACCCCCCAGGUUGUCAAGAAAUCGAUCCUAAAGCCUUCACAACAGGAUAACCUCAUACAACUCUGUACACCCAUACACAAAGGACUAAAGGUAAAAUUUGAAACCCCACACAAUGUUAAGAAGUCGACCCCCACUCGAUUUGAGGAGGUACGAGUGUUGGAUGAGCAGGAAAACUGGAUUGAGCGGACCUCAAUUGUCACCAAGGAUCAGCACCAAGAAUAUCUCGAGAUGGCUCGAGAUAUUAUGAUGGAAGUCAUCAAUAAACUGCCACUUGAAGACAGUGAAGUUGUUCAACCCAGCUGCAAGUCGUCACAGGAUCGAAUGGAAGAGGACAUGGAUACUGAUGACUUUUUUGAUGCCGUUGAUGAAAUCGAGAACAUUACCCCAAAAGAGGGCAACAUAGAGGACAUGGCUCAGCCAGAUGAGGAGUUAAAGAAUGGAGAUGGUCCUCAGUCAGUGGAGGACAAGACUGACAAAUCAGGAGUUGGAUCCGAAAAAGCAGAGGAGACGGGGGAUAGAUCUGAGGAGCCCUCAUCUCCUCCCCUCCCCGCCAGUAAGGGCAGCUACAACAUUGACUUUGAUAACCUAAAUAUGAGGAAUGUCAGCGAUCUUUGA